CAAAACUAUACUGAUUGGUAACCACGUGACAUCAAGAAUUGCGGUGAUUGGUGUUUCCUUAUUCCAUCAUGUUUGAUAUAAAUGUCACUGAAUUAUAACAAUUAUAAAACAUGGUUUGAUUUUAAAACGCGUAUAAAUUAAUAAAAUGAAUAAUUUACAUCUUUAUCUUCAAUUAAAUUUGUAGUUUAUUGUUUUUCUAUUCCCCCGUUUUUUAAAAAUUGAUAUACACGUGCACGCAUGUGCUAUGUAGAGGACAAGUGCAAGGUUAAGGAACAUUGAAGAUUAUUUUUAAAGUGAAUAUCAGCAGCAUAUGUUUUAAAUAAAAGGCACAAAUAGCAGAUUAAGAAUUAUGCAGUUUAAAAAAGUAACACAUGUAAUUUUCGAUAUGGAUGGAUUGUUACUCGAAUCAGAAUCGGUUUACGACAACAUUAUCGGUUGUAUAGCCGAUCAAUACGGGAAAAGUUAUACAGAAGAUUGUAAAUUGAAAGUAUUGGGUACUCCCGAAGUGGACACUGCUAAAAUAGUAGUUAGAGAAUUAGGAUUACCAAUUACACCAGAAGAAUUCCUCAAAGUGUAUAAGAAAAAACAACAGGAUGAACUAGCACAUCCACCUCUAUUACCAGGUGUAAAAGAGCUAGUGAAGCACCUUUAUAAGAAUGAAGUACCGAUAGCGGUGGCAACGUCUUCUUCAUUAGAAGCCAUGCUACUUAAAACGAAAGAUCAUCAAGAAGUUUUCAAGUUGUUCAGUCACAUAGUUUGUGGUAGCUCAGAUCCUGACGUUAAAAAUGGAAAACCAGCUCCGGAUAUAUUUUUAGUUUGUGCUUCAAGAUUUCCUGAUAAACCCGAACCGUCUAAUUGUCUGGUAUUCGAAGAUGCUCCGAAUGGUGUGAGAGGUGCAAUAUCUGCGGGUAUGCAAGCCGUGAUGGUACCGGCUCCUUACGUUCCAAAAGAACUGACCAAACAAGCUACCCAAGUCUUACAUUCAUUAACUAGCUUCAGACCGGAAUUGUUUGGUCUACCAGCUUAUGACUAGUCAAUUUUUUUAAACACACGUUCUAAAGGACUUAAAAAUUCCUGCGGGUUAGAUAAUUUAUUUAGGUGCCGCUUCUUAGUAAUUUUUUUUUGCUAAAAUGGUAAUAUGAUUACAGGGUUACGUUACUGAUUUUUUUAUUAUUAAGCAAGACCCUGUUAUCUAGUAGUGCAAUUUUUUUCUGACUUUUUAACGUUAAUAAAUCCUUUAAAAACCUAAACUAUUCAUCUUACACAGAUUUUAUAUACUAGGUAUUUGUUUUUGAGCAACAUGUGUACUUAUUUUUAGACGAAAAUGGUAGAUUUGGAAGUUGAACACAAUUUAUGGUCUUUCGAACCGUAAAUGGAAGGCUCCAAGGACCAAAAAGUGUUUUUAAGGGUUUUAGUAUAGUGGUAGUGAAAAUAUCACCAAUAUUUCUAGGUAGUACAACCCAGUUGAAUGCUGUUGAUCUACUAAAUGAAAUUAAGUUAUUUUUUUAUUAUAAAAAAUUAGCUAAAAAGUGAAUUAUAGGGAUAUCUCCAAAAGUAAUCUCUCUUACUGAAAAUAACUUAUUAUUUAUCAAAGCUCUGGGACUGUAUGAAAGCUGUAUUACACAUAUUUAGUGUAGAAUUGCCAAAGGGGGGAUACAAUAGACUCUUUAGGUCGCUGAGCCCUUACAUAUCCUCUUCAUCUCAAUCUAAGUCUUCAAGUAAUCGGAAAAAAUGAUUUUUUGCAAUUCGAUGAAAUUUUUUUUGCUCUACAUGAAAGAAAAAACUAAAAAAAGUAUAGGAAUUCAACAAUUCACUUUGGGACUUUCUUUUUUGGCUUUCUCAAUCAAUAUUGUAUCUGAUUAACUUUACUGAGAGUCCUUUCUGUUUUUGUUAAUUUCUUUGGUUUAUCUGUUUGCUUUCUUUUCGGAAUUUAGUUGGAGAAAGCCUAUGACCGCAUUGUGUCAUUCAAAACCUUUUUACCUCGAUAAAAUUUUAGGAGAAAAACAUUUUUUUCCAAAAAUGUCCUGACUACUACUGCACUUCUACAUAGUCAAUUUGUUUCCUAUUGCUAAAUAUAAGAAUAUCGCGUAAACAGAUUCCAAUAUAUUUCGCAAUUUUACAAAUUGAAAGAAUUUUUAUUGAAAAUGUCACAAUUGAAGCUGAUAAUUUUGUUCUACAUAUUAAUAUUCUUCUAUUCUCUUACCUUUUCAAGCGUUUGUUCCUCUUGUGCCCCAUAUUUUCACUCUCAUUUUUUGUCUACUUUUUCUGAGUGUAUAUUUUCUUCUUUCGAUAUUAUUUCCUGCUUAAAUCACUUUUAAGUGUGAAGGUUUUUAUUCUUUUAACUCUCAUUUUAUUGUCCAUUGUUUUCUCAGUGUCUAUUUUCUUCUUUUGAUAUUAUUUCCUGUUCACAUAACUUUUUGUGUAUAUUUUCAUUAUUUCCUUACUCAUUUUUUUGUCCACUUUCUUCUCAUGACAUAUUUUUCGGGUUACAACACUUUUUUUGUCUGUUUUCAUACAUUCUGUAACUAUGUCCAUAAAAUCUCUAUCUACGAGAACCGAAUCAAUAUUUUCCAAUAGUAUCUGUUUCAGUUUCUAUCACUGCCCGCUUUUUUACUUUCCUAUCGAUCUUGUUUCAAUUGAUUUUCUUCAUAAAUUAUUUUUUUCAGUUUCGUUAUUAUAUAGUUGAAAUUGAAAUAAACCGAUUAUUUUGCUACGUCUUAUUUAAGGUUAAACAAAAUGGUUCCAUGUUUGUGCAUAACUAGCUUUGUUAGCGGAUCAAUUUAGAAUCGAUACCGAAUCGAUGUAAUAUACGCAUGCUUGAUGAACUGAAUCGAUGUAGUCUGAAUUUAAAACUAACGAUUUUGAAAGUACGCAUGCGAUUUGACCCUAAUUUCGCAAUCAACGCCGAUUCAUAAAUUUGUCGUUGCUGCCGUAAACCUAAAAAUUUUGUUACUCUUUUUGACGUUUGUACUACUUUUUGUUUCGUGAUAUGUUUGUAAUCUGGUUUUAUGGACGAUAUUAUGGAGACGUCAAAUGGUAACUUUUGCAUUUCAAUUUUGUAACAACAAACGGCACUUUUUUGUACUUGUUCACUUUGAUUAUUUUAUUUGUUGUACCCUCACUUCCAAGUCUGCCAUUUUGUUUUAUUUUCUCACAGUAUUAAAAUGAUAUAAUUUCAAUUUUAAUAAUUGAGGUUAUAAAUUCUUUGACAUUUCUAGUAUUCAAAAUAUUAAAUGACAUUUUGUAGUAUAUUUAUUAGUACCUCUGAUGAAAUUAUAUUUUUAGAUAGAUAUUUAUUUAUUUUUAAUAAUAAUACCAAAGAGUUUAACAACGCUUCUCAGUAUUAUUUGUUGGAUAUUUAUUUAAAUUCAGUUAUAUGCAGAGUUUUAGAAAAUAAAUUUCUAAGAA